CAAUAUGUUCUUAGAGAAAAAAAAGGAUUUUGCAUCAAAUUCUAAUUUAGAAAUUUAGCCUACAAUAUCUAGAAACCAUGUCAAAUUCGAAUGGAUUCGACGUCCAUUAUAAUCAGCUAUCAGACAAAUCGAAGAUUUAAAUUAAACUCAUUUAUUUCAGGACACCCUGUAUAAGCACACACAUACAGACAGAUGUACAUCCACACAGCAGACUUGUUUUAAAGAGCAUCUUCAAGCUCAGUGCCGAUGGCACUCGAUGAUAUUCGUGGUCGGGACUCGGAGCACGCGAUAGCGGGCGGCGAGCCUCUCUCGCUCAUUCCGCGCAUUCGAUUUCGGAGAUGUCCGAAGGUGUCAUCAUUUGCGUUCGGACAUCGUUUCGUCGUUCGCCGUUGCUUCGCGAACCGUGACACAACGCGCUCACGUAAACGCCCAUGCUAAAUUUACCUCGCGUGUCGAAGCCGCGCGAUGCGUUCUUCUGAUUCACUGCAGCUUCGGGCUUGCUGUACUACGCGCGCGUACAUUGUGCCACGAAACGAAAAGUUCCUUGUGUAUUACGCGAGCGUUCCGUCGGUCAUUUUGGAAUUUUAACCCUUUUGACGAACUGGUGCCUGCUAAACUGACCAGCGCAUGAACCAAAGAUUUGACAGAAGUACCGCCGACCGCUCAGACGAACAGUGAUUGACAAACAAUGGCAAUCUUGGCAGGACGAACGAAACGGAAGUUUCGAAAAAUGCAGCGGGAACAUGUUACGUUAAUCAGUUUUUGAUAGAAUCCGCAAACGCUGUCGCUUAAAAGCACUUUAGUCCGGGAAAAAGUUGAAAGUUAUACAUUAUACUUUUGAUUAUGUGGAGUAAAGGCGGAUGAGGCGAGUAAUAGAGAUAAUCCGAAACGCAUGCAGCGCUUUAUUAUAAUAUGAAUAGAAAUUGUCGCAUAAUUUAUUCAUAACUAUGUACAAUAUUAAUGCAAUUUUUAUAUGUUUAACGUCUAUGAAAAAUAUAUAUGAAAAGCUUUUAUGAUUUGAUUUGCAUUUUAGAUUCAAUGAAUCAUUUUAAUUAGUCGAUUAUUAUUCGUUUUGUUAGCAGCCUUUGUCAACUUUUUUAUUUCAUGGAUUUUCGAUAAUAAUUAAUCAUUAAUUUAUUAUCUUGGAAAUGCGUAUUGAAUUUCUACUACAGAAUUCGUACCUUCGUCUAAGAGUUAAAGGACCGCAAUUUGAAAGGAAAACAUUUGCGAUGUUGUUUCUAUACACACCAUUGUUUUAGCAGCUAUGUGUAUAUAACACAUGUGUAUAAUACUACUAUUAUUACGGAUAUUUCACGGGCGCUGUGUUAAGGAUCUUCCGGUCGUCUGUCAGUUCAGAGUCUAUACUUUUGUGCCGUAUUUUAUUUCACUUCCAUUCCAUUUUCGCGAUCCAUUUUCGAAGAUCCAUUUUAAUGUAAAAAAAAAACGCAGACUUAAAUUCUACAAGUAGAAUAGUAUUCCACACGUUACAUGCCUGUAUAAUUAUCUUACCUAUUAUCGUAAGCUCGCAACGUAUUGUAAAACGCAACAGGUUUUAGGUCGUAAUUAAUACUAUACAUUCGUAAUUAAUUCUAUACAUUCUAUACAAUCCGCGGUCUCCAAUUUCGUGUAAUUCUCGCGAAGGUCGGGUUGUAAGUAUAGUGUUAUAUAAGCAAACAAUUUGAUAUUUCGUCAAACAAAUGGGGAAUCUUUUGCGAGCGCUAUAUUUAUUAUUAUAUCCGGUGACGCGUAAGAAUGUAAAUUCUUAGAAUAGCUGAUUAUGUCAUUGUUAAUUCUUUCUCUCGGCAAAAAGGUCGGCAACGCGUAAACGAUAUUUAAACAUUGACGAUAAGCCGCGCUUAAGCAAGAACCUGCGACCUUCUGACGUCGAGUCGUCGUAUAGUAGUCACUCGUGCCUACGUAAGGAACGACUCGGCAUUGCUCUUGAAAUUUCUCAGUGAAAUGCCGGCCAACGCGUAUAACUAUCAACAAAUGCACAGGCGAAUCUCAAGCUAUUGUUCGCGCCGAAAGUGGAUUCUUCUAAUAGCGUUGACUUCGUGUAGCGUCGUUCUCGUUGUAAUUCUCACGAGGCAUCCGAUUAUCGAAAACGACACAAUAGUACGGGAUACGUACCUGGAUGAUGUACCCGCAGACCUCUAUCAAAAAGUGUGGGACAUAUGGUACAACUUUUCCAACGGUGAAAAAUGGUACAACAAGAAGAACAUAUCCGCCUUGAGCCCGGAAGCUUUUCACGAUUUAUUGACUGAUAUUCGUCAAAAUUGGAUAAUAUGGAAUCAUACUGCGGAGGAGUCGUAUAUGCUUCAAGAACCAGACAUGGAAGAUCCGUCGAUGGGACAGUCGACUGCGAUACGUCAAAUUUUCCACGAUAAGAAAAAUGGAUUUUUCAUAGAGUGUGGCGCAUACGACGGGGAAGUGCGUAGUAACACGUUGUAUCUGGAGCGAUUUAAUGGAUGGUCGGGUCUCUUGAUAGAAGCGGAUCCCAUCAACUUCACGAAGAUGCUGCAAAAGAACAGAAGGGCCUAUCUCUCGCCGACGUGUCUUAGCGUCACUAAGCGUCCCACGCUGGCGUCCUUUCUCAUGGCCAGGAACGUAGGCCGUCUGCACGAGCCCGGGAACACGACGGAGAACACGCCCGCGAACACGCCCGACGUGGCUUACACGGGCGAGCACGUUCGCGUGCAGUGCCUCCCACUGACACUUUACAUCGCCGCAUUGGGAAUUAAAACGGUCGAUUAUUUUAGCCUCGAUAUUGAAGGCAACGAGAUCGACGUAUUAGAAACGAUACCGUUUGACGAGGUGGACAUAAAGGCUCUCUCCGUGGAGUACAUACACAAUGCAAAGGGGCGAAAAUACCUGAUCGAUAUGAUGGAACGUCGAGGAUACUACGUUUACAGCUUCGUGAAGCAUCCGGACAACUUGGCGAACGAUAUCAUUUUUGUAAAACGCACCGAGUGACGAGUGAAUGGAUAGAAUUACGUAUAAAGCUAGUCAUAGUAGUGUAAUAUAAAUGGAUUGCUUCCGUCGAGAAAUUAAUAUAUCGUGCGAACAAAUACCUUAAAUUGUUAAUGAAAACAUUGUUUGUAUUAUAUAAGAUACAUAUUUA